CUCUUACCCGCCGGAAGCCCUCGGCCACGCCCACCUGUCAUAAUCACGUACUGCGCAGGCACCACCCGCUCCAUCUCUAAGGUCCCUCCCACUCCCACAGCAGCCCGAGGACAAGCCCCUCAACGCUAGGCCACGCCUGGUCUCCGCCCGUCACGUCCGACCCUUGAAGAGAGGCUGGCGCCUGCGCGAUGGAGGUUCCGGCGUUGACUCAAGAAGUCCUUCGGAUGAGAGCUUCUGGGUGCCAGACGAGGCCGGGGGUUUGUUUUGCGUGGUCUGGGAGUCCGAGCCCGAGGGCUGGGCCAGGAAGGGCAGGCGAGGCGGGCGGCUCAGACCCGGGUCGCGAAGGCCCAGCCGCGUCUUCUGUCCCCAAGACGACUACAUUUCCCAGAGGCCAGCGCGGCGCGCGUACUCGAGUCUGCGGGGCGGAGGCCGCGGCUCGGGGCUGCUGGGCGUUCGGGGCGGCUUGGGGCGGCGGGACCACGGGAGUGAGCUGUGGGAGAGAUGGGGGUGUGCCUGUGUGUAAAAGAUCGGUCAGCGUGUGAGGCUUCGUGAGAGGGUGCGGUUUCUGUGUGUGUGUGUGUGUGUGUGUGAAGACCGAGAGUCCAGAGUGUGAGACCAGGGUGUGUUCGUGUGUGACAGAGCGAGACGGGUCAGUGCGAGAGACCAGUGAGUGUGAGAGAGAUGGGGGUGUGCCUGCAUUUGAAAGAGAGCGUGUGAAGCUCUGUGAGAAGAUGCGGGAUGUGUGGGUGUGUAAGUGUGUAACAGACCGGGUGUCCAGAGCGUGAGACCAGGAUGUAUUCGUGUGAGAGAGGGAGACGGGCUGGCGUCUGAGAGACCAGUGUGAGAGAGAUGGGCGUGGGCCUGUGUGUGAAAGGCCGGUCGGUCGGUGUGUGAGGCUCAAUGAGAGGCCAGUGUGUGUGUCAGAGAGAAUCACCACGUAUGCGAGACUAGACGGUGCGAGGCCAGAGUGUGAGACUGUGGUGUGUUAAUGUGUGAAAGGGAGACCAGUGAGUGUGAGAGAGAUGGGCGUGGGCCUGUGUGUGAAAGGCCGGUUGGUCAGUGUGUGAGGCUCAAUGACAGGCCGGUGUGUGUGUGUUUGAGAGAGAAGAAUCACCAUGUAUGCGAGACUAGACUGUGUGAGGCCAGAGUGUGAGACUGGUGUGUUAAUGUGUGAAAGGGAGACCAGUGAGUGUGAGAAAUGCGUGUUUUGGGUGAAAGACCCGUCAGUGUGUGAGGCUGUGGUUUAUAUGUGUCUGACAGACUGAGACCAGAGUGUGAGACCAGGGUGUGUUCGUGUGUGAGUCUCUUUCUCACAACCUGAGUGUUCUCUACACAGCAUGACACCAGUGAGUGUGAGAGAGAUGAACAUGUGGCUGUGUGUGAAAGACCAGUCAUGUGAGGCUCCUUGAGAGGCUGGCGUGUGUGAGAGAGAGAAAGACUAAACUGUGAGAGUCUGAAGAGUGAGACUACGGUAUGUUGGUAUUAGUUUGUGAGAGAGGGAGGUGAUCAAAGUAUGGGACAAAGUUAUGUUUCCUGGCAUACAACUUCCAAGAUCCUUGCAAUCUCCAAAGUAUUAAGUGUCUUUUUGCAUGCUAAUGAUUGGUGGGCCGGCAGCCUGUAGGUAGAUCAUGGUAAGGGCUGGUCAUCAGAACAACCUAGGCAGGAUUAGAGGGUUGGGAUUAUCAGUACCAUCCUCAAUCUCCAGGGAGAGGAAAGGAAGCCACAGGUUAAAUGGAUCAUCAGUGGUCAGUGAUUUAACCAGCCAUGCCUAAGUAAUGAAGCUUUCGUAAAAACCCAGAGGGACUGAGUUCAUCAAACUUCCAGAUAGCUGAACGCUGGAGUCUCCUGUAGGAUGAGCCCCUUCCUACAUAACCUUUUCCUAUGCAUUUCUUCACCUGUAUCUUUUGUAAUAAUUCUUUAUGAUUAUAAACGUGUUUCCCUAGGUUCUGUGAGCUGCCCUAGCAAAUUAAUUGAAUGCAAGGAGGGGGUCAUAGGAACCCCAAUUUUAUAGCCAAUCAGAAGCACACAUAAAACAACCUGGGGCUUGCAAUUGGCAUUGGAAGUAGGGAGCAAUUUUGUAGGACUGAGCCCUCAAUGUAUGGGAUCUUAUGCUAUCUCCAGGUAAAUAGUGUCAGAAUUGGGUUGCCCUAGAGGUCACCCACCUGGUAUUCAUUGAAGAAUUUAUUGCUUGCCUGGUGUGUGUGUGUGUGUGUGUGUGUGAAGACCCCACACAUCUGGUCUUAGAACUGUUUUGUGUUGUGAGAGUAGAGUAAGAGAAACAGUUUGUUUCUCCUCUUUGUCAGCUGAGUGUGUUAUCAGGGACUGGACUGUGAGAAUCCAGAGUGUGAGCCAGGGUAUAUCAAUGUGUGAGAGAAACAGAUGUGCCAGUGUGAAAGAUUAACAAGUAUGAGGCUCCCUGGAGUCUGAGAAAGAUCAUGUGUGUGUCUGAGUAAAAACAAGAGACUAGACUGAGAGUUCAGUGAUUGGGAGAGAAUAGGGUAUGUUGGUGUGAGUGUGUGAGAGACCAAUGGGUAUGUGAGAGACUAGAGUAUGUCUCUGUCUGGCCUGGUAGGUAGGGAGAUGGUGUAUCACAGUAUGAAAAAGACUGGAGUGACAGCGACCAGUAUGUAUUUUGUGUGCAUGAGAUAAAGCAGUUGGAAUGUGAGAGAUCAGAGUGUGUUUGUGUAUCUGUGUGAGAUACUGGUGUAUUUGAGUAAUUGAGGCCUCUUUGAAAGAUACCAUUGCAUGUGUAUGUAUGAGAGAACAUCAUGUUUGUAUGCGUGAAAGAGGGAGAGAAAGACUAGUGAUGUGGUUGGGUAAGAAAGAAACUAUGUGAACCAUGGUGUGUUAUCCAAAAGGCUUUACAAAUAUAACCUCUCUGAGGUUGUGAAGCAUGAAUGUGUGAGACAGAGAUAGGGGACAGUGAGCUGUGUGUGUGAGAGAAGUAAGAUUAGGGGUAUGUGUGAAGGUGUUGGUGAGUCACUGUGUGUGCUUAUAUUCAUGUCCUUAGACAAUGGAAAUGUGACUGUAUAUGUGCUUGUUUUGGGGUGCUUGUGAUUGUGUCCUCUGUGUGACCAGGAAACUUGUUAGUGUUUGUAUGUCACCCUGUAUACCUGUAAUUGUCUCCCUGUAUGACUGCUGUGUGUGGGGAGACUACUUGGAAGAUGGAUAGUAUUGGAUUGUUUAUGAGUGUGGCUGUUUGGAAUUGUGUGUUGCCGGGAUAGGAAACAUGGAAUAGAAUUCCUGUCCACAGUCCAGGAGUUUCAGUAAGAAGCAAAAGCUGGGGUGACUGAAACUCCUAACUGAAGCAGGAGACACCCUCAGUUCUGUGUGACAGGAGGGUAAUCAAGGGGCUGGGACAGAGGUGAGAGUGAAAGUGGCAGAAUUGAGUGCUAAAGGUUCCAUCGUUUCAGGGUGAGGAAAGUGAAACAUUGCCAGGGAGCAGGGCAGGGGUGCAGUGGUGGGGGUUGAGUGAAGGAGGAGAAUAACCCUGGCCCCUAGUGGCAUUUGGGAGUCAGAUUUUCCUUUUUCUUUUGUUUUUUCCCAAAAACCCCAUCCAUCUGGCCCAAAAAGGAGCCAGAUUUUCAAAGAGUAGACUUUCAAAGCAUGAAGCAGAGACCCAAGAAGAAAAUGACUCCACCUUUACCUGUAAAAAUAGAGGAAAUGACUAUUUGGUAGGAUUAUUUCAAAAAUAAAGCGAGAUAAUCUAAUCUAUGCAGAGUACCUAAUACAUCUGAAUGGGAAGCCUUGCCUUCCCAAGACACUGCUCUUCAAGAGAAAGACCAGAAGAGAAGGCAAAAAUGAAUGUUGAAGUAGUAAAAGUCAUGCCCCAGGACUUAGUGACAUUCAAGGAUGUGGCAAUAGAUUUUUCCCAGGAAGAAUGGCAAUGGAUGAACCCUGCUCAGAAGCAUUUAUACAGGAGUAUGAUGUUGGAGAACUAUCAGAGCCUGGUAUCACUUGGUCUUUGCAUUUCUAAGCCAUGUGUGAUCUCUUUAUUGGAGCAAGGGAGAGAGCCUUGGGAGAUGACAAGUGAGAUGACAAGAAGCCCCUUCUCAGAUUGGGAAUCUAUAUAUGAGACACAGGAAUUACCUCUGAAGCAGUUCAUGUAUGAUGAUGCAUGCAUGGAGGGAAUUACAAGCUAUGGACUUGAGUGUUCCACUUUUGAAGAAAACUGGAAAUGGGAAGACCUUUUUGAGAAGCAGAUGGGAAGUCACAAUAUUUUUAGCAAGAAAGAAACAAUCACUCAUAAAGAAACCCUCACUAAGGAAACAGAAUUCAAAUAUACUAAAUUUGGGAAAUGUAUCCAUCUGGAAAACAUAGAAGAGAAUAUUUAUAAUCACACAUCAGAUAAAAAAAGCUUCUCCAAAAAUUCUAUGGUAAUAAAACACAAGAAAGUCUAUGUAGGAAAGAAGCUUUUUAAAUGUAAUGAAUGUGACAAAACCUUCACCCAUAGCUCAUCCCUUACUGUUCAUUUUAGAAUUCAUACUGGUGAAAAACCAUAUGAAUGUGAGGAAUGUGGAAAAGCCUUCAAGCAAAGGCAACACCUUGCUCAACAUCACAGAACACAUACUGGAGAGAAACUCUUUGAAUGUAAAGAAUGUAGGAAAGCCUUCAAACAAAGUGAACACCUUAUUCAACAUCAAAGAAUUCAUACUGGAGAAAAGCCAUAUAAAUGUAAGGAAUGUAGAAAAGCCUUCAGACAGCCUGCACACCUUGCUCAGCAUCAGAGAAUUCAUACUGGAGAGAAACCCUAUGAAUGUAAAGAAUGUGGCAAAGCCUUCAGUGAUGGCUCAUCUUUUGCUCGCCAUCAGAGAUGUCACACUGGGAAAAGACCCUAUGAAUGUAUUGAGUGUGGGAAGGCUUUUAGGUAUAACACAUCUUUUAUUCGUCACUGGAGGAGUUAUCAUACUGGAGAGAAGCCUUUUAAUUGCAUUGAUUGUGGGAAAGCUUUCAGUGUUCACAUAGGACUUAUUCUGCAUAGGCGAAUUCAUACUGGAGAGAAACCUUACAAAUGUGAUGUGUGUGGAAAAACCUUCAGCUCUGGUUCAUCCCGUACUGUACAUCAGAGAAUUCACACAGGAGAGAAACCUUAUGAAUGUGAUAUAUGUGGGAAAGAUUUUAGCCAUCAUGCAUCACUCACUCAGCAUCAAAGAGUACAUUCUGGAGAGAAACCUUAUGAAUGCAAGGAAUGUGGGAAAGCCUUUAGGCAGAAUGUACACCUUGUUAGUCAUUUGAGAAUUCAUACUGGUGAAAAACCCUAUGAAUGUAAAGAAUGUGGAAAAGCUUUUAGAAUCAGUUCGCAGCUGGCUACUCAUCAGAGAAUUCAUACUGGAGAGAAGCCUUAUGAAUGUAUUGAAUGUGGAAAUGCUUUCAAACAGAGAUCACACCUUGCCCAACAUCAGAAAACUCAUACAGGAGAGAAACCUUAUGAGUGUAAUGAAUGCGGGAAAGCCUUCAGCCAAACUUCCAAUCUUACUCAACAUCAAAGAAUUCAUACUGGAGAGAAACCCUAUAAAUGUACUGAAUGUGGAAAGGCUUUUAGUGAUAGCUCAUCCUGUGCUCAACAUCAAAGACUCCACACUGGCCAAAGGCCCUAUCAGUGUUUUGAAUGUGGGAAGGCAUUCAGAAGAAAGUUAUCCUUAAUUUAUCAUCAAAGAGGUCAUACUGGAGAAGAACCUUAAGAAUGUAGUGCAUGUGGCCAAGCCUUUAGUUAUCAUCAAUCCCUUACUGUUAAUCAGAGAUGUCCCACUGGUUGAAAAACAUAAACGUAAGAAAUGUAGAAAAACCUUCAGCCAGAGGCUGGCAAGAUGGCUGAAUAGGAACAGCUCUGGUCUGCAGUUCCCAAUGAGAGCAACACAGAAGGUGGGUGAUUUCUGUAUUUCCAACUGAGGUACCCGGCUCAUUUCAUUGGGACUGGUUAGACAGUGGGUGCAGCCCAUGGAGGGCGAGCCGAAGCAGGGUGGGGCGUAACCUCAUCUGGGAAGUGCAAGGAGUCGGGGAUCUCCCUCCCCUAGCCAAGGGAAGCCAUGAGGGACUGUGCCAUGAGGAAUGGUGCACUCUGGUGCAGAUACUAAGCUUUUCACAUGGUCUUUGCAACCCAUAGACCAGGAGAUUCCCUUGGGUGCCUAUGCCACCAAGGUCCUGGGUUUAAGCACAAAACUGGGCAGCCAUUUGGGUAGACACCAAGCUAGCUGCAGGAGUUUUCUUUGAUACCCCAGUGGCACCCGGAACACCACUGAAACAGAACCACUUACUCCCUUGUUAAGGGGGCUGAAGCCGGGGAGCCAAGUGAUUGAGCUAAGUGGGCUCAUGCCCACUGAGCCCAGCAAGCUAAGAUCCACUGGCUUGAAAUUCUUACUGCCAGCACAGCAGUCAGAAGUCGACCUGGGAUGCUCAAGCUUGGUGGAGGAAGGGGCAUCUGCCAUUACUGAAGCUUGAAUAGGUGGUUUUCCCCUCACAGCAUAAACAAAGCCACGGGGAAGUUCCAGCUGGGCAGAGCCCUCCAUAGCUCAGCAAAGCCUCUGUAGCCAGACUGCCUCUCUAGAUUCCUCCUCUCUGUGCAGGGCAUCUCUGAAAAAAGUUCAGAUAAAACCCCCAUCUCCCUGGGACAGAGCACAUGGGGGAAAGGGGUGGGUGUGGGCACAGCUUCAACAGACUUAAACGUUCCUGCCUGCCAGCUCUGAAGAGAGCAGCAGUUCUCUCAGCACAGUGCUCUAGCUCUGCUAAGGGACAGACUGCCUCAAGUGGGUCCCUGACCCCCAUGCCUCCUGAUGGGAAGACACCUCCCAGCAGGGGUCCACAGACAC